AUGAACGCAUCGGCGGGCCGGUUGACCCAUUAUCCAAAUCAGGGCAGGUGGCGCCCCGUCCUGAACAACAAACACAGCCAUCUGUUUCUACCCUCCGUAUUCACAUGCGAACUCGAUUUCAUGGAGGAAGAAAUCAGGAAGCUCCAACUUCAACUCCGAGAAGAACAGCACCGCCGGGAGGAAGAACAGCGACGCCGGGAAGUUGCGGAACAACUCCAGGAAGAAGAGGCACACCGGCGAAAGGAGGCCGAGAAGCGUCAGGAGGAAUCAGAGCAACUGCUUCAACCAAACAGCCUGUAUGGCCUUCUGGACGAAUGCCAUCGUGGCCUGUCCCAAAGGAUUCGCGUCCAGAGCAAUGCUUCACUGACAACCCAGGGUGAGACUACGAACCCUGUCAACCGUCGAUUUCCCACUCGGAUUCAGGCAUGGCAAGAAUUCCCACAAUCCCAGGAGACGAUCUGGGACCGUCUUUCUAGCGACCAGGCAUUUGUCACGCAGCGCCAGUUCUCAUCCACACACCAGCUCGACUACGUGCAGCGCAAUCUCCCAUUAAUCUAUUCGGAAACCUCGCUCCGGACAUUCCAUCGCGACACCGUCGAUAACUUUGUGGGCGAGAUCCUCCAGACGAUCUCGCAGAAUGAGCAUCUCCGGCGGCGAUUCGGCAUCGAAGGGCAGGUGAUACUGGAAGACCGGGCGAACACGGACGACUCAGCGGCGUCACUGGCGGCGGACAUGGAACAGAUGCAGGUGCGGGAGCCCGCGCGAUCACGACGGUCCCGGGGCAGGCGGGGGCGAGCCGGACGGGUGGCGAGCGCGGCAGCGACCGCGCCGACCGCACCGAACCGAGGACCCCGACGGCGGCGGAAUCGGCGGGCGGAUCAGUUCUGCGUGCAGGUGGCAGCGGAAGAGCGGCGGACACCGGUGUAUGCGGUGGAAUUCAAGGCGCCGCACAAGCUCACGCUGCCGGAGCUGACGGCGGGCCUACGCGACAUGGAGCCAGCACGGGACGUGAUUGAUCAAGAAGGCGCCUCGUUCGAGUUUCAUGCGACGCAUCUUGUUGCUGCAGUCCUCACCCAGGUCUUCUCUUACAUGCUGGACAUCGGGGUCCGAAGGGGUCUUGUGUGCACGGGCGAAGCGUACGUCUUCUUGGAUAUCCCGGCCGACGACCCGUCGUUACUACAGUACUACCUAUGUGUCCCGAACCAGGAUGUCGACGUGGCCGAGGAAGAUGUCGGGAUCGAGAAUGGCGGCAGAAUGCAUCGCACGGCUGUGGGUCAAAUGCUAGCUUUCACCUUGGGUGCUCUGGCCACACCACUCCCAUCUCAAGAGUGGCAUGACAGUGCAGAUGUACUGCCGACGUGGAAGGUAGAGUACCUGGACGUGCUGCGGGAUAUACCGGAGUCGAUGCGCAAGGAUCCACCGGAGUCGAACUACCGGCCCUCGUCGUGGAAAGCGGUGCAGCGGUCGCCGUACCUGACGCGCUCGCGGGCGAGCUGUCAGCCACCUGACACGACGCCGGAGCACACAUCGGGAGAGCACAGCAGCGGUGAUGAUGAGAUGGGAUCACCGUCUCCGGCACCGCCAUCCAUGCGGCAGGGUCACGGUGGUGGCAGACGUGGCGGCGGAGCGGGUGGUCGAACAGGCGGUCGGGAGAGCGGGAGACACGGCGGUCGACAGGAUACCAGAGGAGCUACUGACCAGAAUGAUCGCUUCGUCGCCCUAUUGCCAUGCAACAAGUCCACGGUCCAGGCCCGCCGGUAUUGCACCAUCAAAUGCAUACAUGGUCUGAGUGCCUGUGGCCCUCUCGACGAACGUUGUCCCAACAUGCACGAGCAUGGACAAGCGCGACAUCCCUUCGGCGCGCGAGAAUUCCUGAGACGAUUGCGCAAUCAGCUGCGGGACGCCCGGACGGCGGGCCUGACAAACCUCCACAUCCGUGGCCGGACGGGGUUCAUGAUCCAAGCUACGCUACUGUCUCAUGGAUAUACUGUGAUCAUCAAGGCGACGACAGAGGACCGGCGCGAUCGAUUACGGCGCGAGAUGAACGUCUAUCAACAUCUGCUCCCACUUCAGGGGCUGCGUAUUCCAGUGUGCGUGGGUCACUUCCACGCAUAUCAUCCGUACUGGUAUCACGGCGAACGCUUGACUGAAAUGAUGGUCCUCAGCUGGGCAGGGGUUCGCAUCCAGCAGACCGAUAUCGGGCCGGAGAAAAUGUUCUGGGAUGAUGAGCGCAGGAAGCUAGUCAACUCGCUCCGAGAACAUGGCAUCCAACACAACGAUGUCGCAUGGCGCAACCUGCUCUGGAACCCCGAUCACAAGUCGGUCUUUAUGAUAGAUUUUGAGUCGGUCUCUUCGCUUGCCAAUCACGACGUGUCGGGACGGCAACCGCUCCGCGCGUCAUCAGGGAAUCACAAGCUCAGCACCGUUACAUUGGCGCCAUGGACGAAGGCGUUUGCUUGUUAG